UCCUGGUGACUUCUGUCUUUCUGAGGAUUCCAAACACACCUGGGAGAAGAAUGUGCACCUACUGAUGUCUUUAAGGAUGCCAAAGGCCCAGAGAUCAGGGUCAGCUUCGAAAUUCACUCUGCCCCAGAGACACUGUCCCCGACUCCCUGUCCCUUCCAAUCAGUCUAAGAGCCCCCAAGGAGAUGGACUAUCUGGUCCUAGGAGUGUGACAAAUAACAAAUAUGAAUACGGCCGCGCUUGGAUCCUAGGUAGGGUGGGGUAGGGGGAGAUCAAGUUGUCUGGGAUCCUAAGCCCGUGGGCGGGCGCACAGAACGGAGCAUUCCGGCCGCAGGGAUCCGGGCAGUAGGGGGCGCUGUGGCGGGAGCCGCGCCGGGCGCGCCGGCCCCUCUGGCACCAGAACGCUAAUCGCCUCCUUCGGCGGCUUCCGGCGCGUCUUCUUUGAGCGGGUGGAGGCAAAAUCAUGGACCGCAACCCUUCGCCGCCUCUACCGAGUCCGGACCAGGACGAAGAGGAGGGGGCCGGGGGAGACUGCAUAGGAAGCACCGUCUACAGCAAACACUGGCUCUUCGGCGUCCUCAGCGGACUCAUCCAGAUCGUUAACCCUGAAAACACCAAAUCCAGCUCAGAUGAUGAGGAACAGCAGAUGGAGCUCGAUGAAGAAAUGGAGAAUGAAAUUUGCAGAGUAUGGGAUAUGUCAAUGGAUGAGGACGUGGCUCUAUUUCUCCAAGAAUUUAAUGCUCCUGACAUAUUUAUGGGAGUAUUGGCCAAAUCCAAAUGUCCUCGAUUAAGAGAAAUCUGUGUGGGAAUACUAGGUAAUAUGGCCUGUUUCCAGGAGAUAUGUGUGUCCAUCAGCAGUGAUAAAAAUCUUGGACAGGUGUUACUGCACUGUUUGUAUGAUUCAGACCCUCCUACUCUUCUGGAAACAAGCCGGUUGUUGCUUACUUGUCUUUCCCAGACAGAAGUGGCCAGUGUCUGGGUUGAAAGAAUCCGGGAAUAUCCAGCUAUUUAUGAUAGCAUUUGUUUCAUUAUGUCAAGUUCAACAAAUGUUGACUUGCUGGUCAAAGUCGGGGAGGUUGUAGACAAGCUUUUUGAUUUGGAUGAGAAGCUAAUGUUAGAAUGGAUUAAAAAUGGGGCUGUUCAGCCUCUGGACCCUCCCCAGGAAGAUUCUGAAGAGCAGCCGGUGUUUAAGAUUGUGCCAUGUGUACUUGAAGCUGCGAAACAAGUACGUUCUGAAAAUCCAGAAGGGCUCGAUGUUUACAUGCAUAUCUUACAGCUGCUUACCACUGUGGAUGAUGGAAUUCAAGCAAUUGUACAGUGUCCUGAUACUGGAAAAGACACUUGGAAUUUACUUUUUGACCUGGUCUGCCAUGAAUUUUGCCAGUCUGAUGAUCCACCCAUCAUACUUCAAGAACAGAAAACAGUGCUAGCUUCUGUUUAUUCAGUGUUGUCUGCUAUCUACGCGUCACGGGCUGAACAAGAGUAUCUAAAGAUAGAAGAAGAUCUUCCUCUAAUCAACAGCCUGAUUCGUGUCUUACAAAACAUGGAACAUUGUCAGAAGAAACCAGAGAACUCAGUAGAUUCUAACACUGAAGAAACAAAAAAGUCUGAUUUAACCCAAGAUGAUUUCCACUUGAAAAUCUUAAAGGAUAUUUCAUGUGAAUUUCUUUCUAAUAUUUUUCAGGUUUUAACAAAGGAGACUGUGGCUCAGGGACUAAAGGAGGGCCAGUUGAGCAAAGAGAAGUGUUCCUGUGCAUUUCAAAACCUUCUUCCUUUUUAUAGUCCAGUGAUAGAAGACUUUCUCAAAAUUCUACAUGAAGUUGAUAAAACUCUUGCUGAUGACCUGGAGAAAAGCUUCCCAAGUUUGAAGGCUCAGACUUAAACACUGAUUUGGAGUUUCCUCUGCCCAAUAAAUGAACUUUACUUUUGGCACUGACAGUUGAAAUUGACAUGUAGGAGAUGUUAGGUGAAGCCUGUUGGACCCUCAUUGUCUGGUAUUACACCCAUACCCUUCUCUCUGCCCCAGUCUUCUCUCACUUAAUUCGGCAUUAGAAUCUGGAGUUUUCCUCUGCUGUCAAAUACACCACCCCAUAUGCAUUUUUUGGUGGGGCGGUGGUGGGGGGAGGUAUGGUUUUGUGUUAGUUGUCUUCUUUAGGUUAAAAAAAAAACAACAGAAAUACAAGCUUAUCAUUGAGGUUCUUUUUAGGUUGAGGACUUGGUAAGGAUUUUCUUCAUACCUUUUAAUUUGAUUUUUAUGUGAGAAUUUUCUGUUUGUCUGCCUGCAAGUACAUUCAGCUGCACAAAUAGAAAACCCUACUCUAAGAGCUUAAUCUGAUAGCUUUUAUGUAUCUGAUGCAAUAAGAAAUCGAGUGGUGAGCAGUCUAGACCAAAUUUGUUGACUCAGGGAUCCUGAUUCCUUUUACCUCCCCAUGUAGUCUGUGUGUAGACCUUUGUGUUCAUAUUUAUUGGUUAAGGGGACUUUAACAUCUUUGGAUCUUCCAUCCACAUUCAGGCAGGAAAAAGGAGAAAGAGGUAAAGGGACUUUGUCCUUCGAAGUCCUUACCUUCAUAUUUGUAAAGGACAUUCCUCCCUGCCCGGAACUGUGUUGAUGGCCAUCCCUAACUGCAGCUAUUUGAAAUAAAGUCUUCCCCCCCUCCCCCCAGGGUCUUUAAGAGAGAAAGGCAUGAAGAGUUCUGAAAGGCUUUUUGAUAGUCAGUCUGUGAUUUUUGCUACAGUAUACAAGCAUAUCUUAGCCUUUUACGAUUCUUAAUUGUGUUGAUUGUGUGCUAGAUUGUCAUUAACAACUAACUCAGAAGCAGGUUUUAGUUUAUACAGUUCAUUUUUUUUUAAUGUUGUAACUAUGAAGAUAGAAAUGUAACAUUUUGAUGAAAGUGUAUUAGCAAGAAUCUCUAUUUUCAGCAUAAUUCCAGUGGUUAGAUUUCAGAAAAUGAUUUGCUUGAGUGAGUUCGGAGUUAUUUAAAUUAAGAUGGAGGGAGUUUAAGAACUUCGGACUGUAUGCAAACUGGGCUUCAUGUGAUUUCCCUCACAUACAUUUUUAUCCUUGUAUAGUGCUUCAAAAUAAGAUCUGUGCAGAAAGACAGCCAGGGAAGCUAUUCCCUAUUCUUAGGGAAGCAGUUUGCAUUAUUUAGUUACUGAAAGUAGAGUUUUUAAGAAAAUAUGAAUUAUCAAUAACAAAGCUAGCUUUUUACCAGUCUUCAGGUAGUUUUCUGGAUUGUUUACGCAGCUGUGACUAUUAAUCUAGUUUUAUUUAUGAGAUGAGGUGAGCUUUGGAUCCUCUUACUGUGCUAGCUUCCCAGCCUCCUCCUUUGCAUAAAAAGCACAGCCAUCUUUUUAAACCCCUCUUCUGGUAUAUAGCCCCUUCUCAGUUUAUUGCAGAAUCUUUCUAGCUUUGGUCUUAUCUCACAUUUUGUCUUUUUUCUUUAAGUGACUUUUGCUGAUAAAACAUUAGGACAUACCAUUACUGAGAAGAGAUACACAAUUUCCAGUUUGGAGGUAGUUUUAUUGUUGAAAAUAUUCCUGCUGAAAAGAAAUGAAUAUAAACUUAAAAUCUUACUGUUAACUGUGAUUAGUAGGUUUACGCUAUAGGUUUUCAUGUCUUCUGUGCUGACCUUAUCCUAGGCUGAAUGUGACUGUAUUUAACGUGAGAUCUCAAGGGCAGUGGUGAAAUCACUUCCUGUGUAUGUGAACUAAUGUGAGUUUGCUCCUUGCUGCCUUACAGAUAGAGGCUACACCAGGUGGAGCUAUCAAACAAAGUAAUCUUUCUUUGCAACAGAACAUUAGGAAUAGCUUCCAAAGCUGUGAUCCUUGAGGAGCGGUAAGGGAGCUCUUUUUAUUUAGGAUUUGAGAUGAAUAUUCAGAGGCAGACCUUUAUCAUUGCAAGCAGAGGCGGGUAGAAGGUCACACAUACAUACUUAGAAAAUAUGUCUAUACAUGCAUUGUGUGUUGUGUUAGGAAGCUUGUCUUCCUUCUGGAGCAGAGAUAUUAACAUGAUGAGGCAGAGGUAACUCUCGGACACUUUAUGGCCCAUCUGCACAAGUGUUGGCUUAGUGGUUGAGCCCAAACUGGUCAAGGCUGGCUGGAGCUCAAUUCUCCUGUUGUUAGUUUCUGAAAGAUAAAAUUACCAGUUCCUGUAGGGUGAGCUCAGAGGAUCUGCCAAUGAUACCUGCUAGCUAGUACUAAGAAUUCCAUUUUAUCUUGAAGUUUAAGGUGAAAGGUACAAAAAACCCUGUAAGAGUAGUAUUCCCAAGUUAUUAGUCAUGUUUACUUGAGUGCAUAUGAAUUUCGCCUUUUGUUUUAGAAAUAGCACUUUUUAAAAGGGAAGCAGAAAGCUCCUAGCUGUCUGAGGGAAAUAGUGCCACUCCAAGUGGGUAAGUCACCAAGGGAGAAAAAGGAUAUAUUUGGGAAGGCUCGGAAUGUCCAGGUUAUUUUCUGUUUCCCAUUUCUUCCUUGGACCUGCCCUGUCACUUGUUACUAAUUGCUCUUGUAACAUGAUAAGGUAUUGUAUAUUUUCGUAUUUUGAUAUGUUUGCAAACUUCCUGAAUCUAUAAAUUAUAAUAGUUUUUUAAAGAAAUAAAAGAUGAGCAAUGCUGAA